AUGAAGAACACCAUAGUCGGAUCGACUGCACCCGCUUACCACAACAAUACCAGUCAUGGCCUUCUUCCGCGCCUAAGUCGACCCUCGACCUCCCCGUCCACACUCGGUCAAACACGACUUGCUCGUUUGCCAGAGCCUCAGUACUCGCCUACAACGUCAAGAUGGUCUCCUCUAUCAUCCCAUCACAAUGUGCCCGCCUUAGAGCAUCUCAGCAACAAUCACAACCAAAACAGGACUGCUGCCAACGCCAACGACAGUCUCGCUUACAACAACAAAGUCAGCAGCAACAGGAGCCUACAGAGCUUCUCCAGUGUUGUCGAGGGCCCCAACCACUUCUCCAGUGUUGUUGCGGGCCACGAACACGUUUUUCCUUUGACGGAUAGCACCUUGCCGGUCUCGCACUUGGCACCACCCGUCUAUCACUGUCAAUACCAAGUACCUUACUCGUCCAGUUGGAUCUAUCCCACUCCUACUUCUAUGGAGUACCUUACCGAACAAGGCCUAGCCGCCUAUUCGCCCUUGCUCGUGCAGCUCGGCGAACUUACUGCCAAGGAGGAGCCUCUCGAGUAUCAGACAGCGUUCCAGAUGGAUCUCUCCACUCGAAGCUCGUCUGAAGAUUCAGAGUCGCUCGCACCCUCACCCCUGCCAGAGCUCGAAGCUGACCACGUGUCACCUUACGUGUCCUUUGUCUGGCCACAAGAUGCGCCUUCUUCCCCCUUUGUACUCGAACAACGACUCUCGUCUGCCGAUCAGACCUCCUCUGAGCUGCCUGCCUCGACUCAAGUCAACGGCGACGACGACGCUCAGGCUUGGACCGUGAGUCCGUUCGAGCUUUCCAUUGCUGCUCCUACUCUGCCACCGGUGGCCGAGGAUGAAGCCGAAGAGCAAGAAGAUGCCCAGCCCACUACCCCUGUCGAACCUCGCGGCCGCAAGCGUAAGGCACCCACGGGCACACGUCACACUUCCGCCCCUUUGCUCGACAUCGGCGAGCCUGUAAAAGCACGCUCUUACGUCUUGCCGAGCAGGACGUCUCGCAAGAUCAUCCCCAAAGCGAUGCAGAAAGCCGCUCGCAAAAGUCGUGCCUCGUCUGUAAUGAGUAGCAACGAAUCGCUUUCUGGCUCGCUCGACCUGGACGAAUACGACCUGUCGGUGGUGGAGGCCAAAAGGCUCAAAAAUACCGAGGCAGCUCGAAAGUCGAGGUUGCGCAAGAAGGAGACUCUGGACUCUCUUAACGCGACGAUCGAUGACUUGCAAGCCCAGCUUCGUCAACAGAUUGAAAGGACUCAUAAAUGGCAAAGAGAAGCCGAGCGAUGCAGGGCGUUGCUCGGGCUUGAUCCCAAAUUUCUGUAA